AUGGAUGAUGAAGUAUUUGGUGUAAUACUAUAUGUUGCACCUGAGGUCCUGCGAACCAAAAAAUAUAUAACUGCUAGUGAUAUUUACUCCUGUGGAAUGAUAAUAUGGGAAAUUUGGAACAGAGAGUAUCCAUUUAGUAGCUGUAGUCAUGAUAUCACCCUCAUUUAUAAUAUUUGUGAUAAAAUUUGGCCAGCUAUUCCUGAUGGUAUACCAAAAUAUUAUCAAGAGCUAAUGAUAUAUUGUUGGGAUCAGAAUCCAUCAAAACGUCCAAUAGCAAAUGAAAUUUUUAAUAUAAUUAGAGAAUGGGAUUAUUUUACCAUUCAAAAUAAAGUCAAAAAAUAUAUAGAAAAUAGAGGAAAGAAAAGAAAGAUUCACAUAGAUGCAAUAUACAAAAGUAGAUCAAUCUCAAAAAUUAUUGAAGAAGCUG